AAAUUGCAGCAAGAAGGACGCAAGGCGAAACGGACCCAGCGAAAGGCAAGCAUCUCUCUCGCCUCGCCCAGUCCGCUGCUCCUCUCUUCCUCUCGCCGCACGCAAAUGGUCACCUAGGCGGCGAGGUCGCCGUGCCGCAAUGUCGCACUUCCCCCGCGUCUCGCCCCCCCUCGCGCCUCCGCUGCCCAUCUUCCUCCUCCAGCACCCGUCGCGCCGCGGCGGCCGCCGCCCCCGCGGUCGCAGCGGCCACCCGACGUCGAGGCCCCUCCUCACCCUCGCCCGCUUCGACCCGCCGCCGCUGCUCCGCCUCAAGGUCGCCGACUCCAGCGACUGCCCCGGGGACGUCGCCCACAACAGCAACCACCACGCGCCGCUGCUCCCGAGCCCGCGGGGCCUGGUCGGGUCGCUCGCCCCCGUAUGGCGGGAGGGCCUCUUCCUCGUGCGCUGCUCCGUCUUCGCCGCCGUGGUUUCCAUCGCCGCCGCGCUCUCGUGGUUCGCGCAGCUCCGCGCCCGCUCCUUCGUCGAGGCGCGGCUCCUCCCUGCGGCCUGCGCCGCGCUCGGCGACUACCUCCAGCGGGAGGUCCAGCUCGGCAAGGUGCGCAGCGUCUCGCCGCUCGGGAUCACGCUGCAGACAUGCUCCAUCGGCCCGCACAGGGAGGAGUUCUCCUGCGCCGAGGUACCCGUCAUGAAGAUUAGGGUCAGGCCCUUCGCUAGCCUCAGGAGGGGGAGGGUCGUUGUCGACGCCGUGUUGUCCGAGCCCUCCGCGCUGGUGGCCCAAAAGAAGGAUUUCUCAUGGCUCGGGAUUCCCUCGCCGUCCGAGGGCACUCUCAAGAGGCACUCGGGCGAGGAGGGCAUAGACUACCGCACCAAGACCAGGAGGCUCGCGAGGGAGAAGGCCGCAGAGCAAUGGAACCAGGAGAGGGAUAAAACCGCAAGGGAAGCUGCCGAAAGGGGAUACACCAUUCCGAGUGGCCAAUCAGUUUCUCCGUCCACUAAUCAGAUGCUGGAGGUUGAUGGACCUACCGAUAUUGGGAAGUCCAGUCCCCCCCUUUGCGCUGAUGAAAUGCACAAGAAGGAUCAUCACAUGGCGACAGGCAUUGACUCCGGCUCGAAACAUGCAGAUUUGGAGAAAUCUUUUGGUGUGAAAUCUCGCAUUCCAUGGAUCAACCUCUGGUCUAGGAUGAUUUCAAGCCCUAGUAGGCUCAGGUUUAGGAGAAAGGUUCACAGUAAGGUGAUAUCAGAUAUUGACAAUGCUUCUCAGCAAAGGAUUCUUAGACGCAGUGCGGAUGCUGCUGUAGCAUACUUUCAGAGCAUAGGUCACAGUAAUCUUGAUGAUUCAUCCCCUGGUCAAGGAAAAAGCUCAUCAGAUGGAGGAGGUCAUACGGAUGUUGGUUGUGAUGAAAUCACUUCUAAUGAUGGACGACCUGUUGGCAGCUCCGAGACUGCAUCCAUGAACUUUGCUGAAUCACCAUCGGAUAAUUUUCACAGUAUGGAUUAUUUAGGUAAAGGAAAAUCUGCAAGUGCAGUGCCGAUCAUCAAUUCAGAUGAUGCCUUUAAUGGGCAUUCUCAUAAUCAACUAUUUAGUCAGUGUAGUUCAUGUAAUUUGGAUAGCACCGGGUUAGUGUGCCACCAUUUGGAAGAUCUGCAGUUCAGUCAGGCCAACUUUUCCCAGUGCUCUAUAUUGGAAAAAUUCGAGAAUCGUUCUGAAGAUAAACCUGUUUCUCAGCAGGAAAUCAUUUUUGGGAAUUUCGGUUCAUGCACACACGCUCACAACUGGGCAUCAUUUUGGCCUUUCCAAUUAAAGGGGUUCCCUGUCAGUCUUAAUGCACCAUGUGCAUCUCUGGAUGUUCAAAUUCAGAAGUUGAAGUCGCAAUUUGCCAUUGGUCCUGGAGACAUCUCUGCUGAACUUUCAGAAGGUGUUAGCCAGAUCCAUCCUGGCGGUGUUCAGCAUGCACUUCCCAUCACCCUUGAUUCUGUUUAUUUCAAUGGCGGGGACUUGAUGCUUCUGGGAUAUGGUGAUCAGGAACCCAGGGAAAUGAAACAUGCAAAUGGACACAUCAAGUUCAAAAACAGUUAUAAUCGUGUACAUGUGCAUGUAACUGGGAACUGCAUGGAGUGGAGGCAAGAUCGAACUUCUCAAGGAGGGGGUUAUCUUUCUACAGAUGUUUUUGUUGACAUAGCUGAGCAAACAUGGCAUGCUAAUCUCAAAGUAGUCAAUGCUUUUGCUCCGCUGUUUGAAAGGAUUCUAGAAAUACCUGUUGUUUGGCACAAAGGAAGAGCUACCGGUGAGGUGCAUAUCUGUAUGUCAAAGGGUGAUAGUUUCCCAAGCAUUCAUGGUCAGCUUGAUGUGAAAGGCCUAGCUUUUCAGAUAUUAGAUGCUCCAUCAUCAUUUUCAGAUAUAGUGGCAACUCUAUCUCUUCGUGGUCAAAGAAUAUUUCUACAUAAUGCAAGUGGGUGGUUUGGUGAUGCUCCAGUUGAAGCUUCUGGAGACUUCGGUCUAAAUCCUGAGGACGGAGAGUUUCAUCUAAUGUGCCAGGUUCCAUCCGUCGAAGUUAAUGCACUUAUGAGAACAAUGAAAAUGAGACCUCUUAUGUUUCCGUUGGCUGGUGCUGUUACUGCUGUAUUUAAUUGUCAAGGACCCCUUGAUGCUCCUGUUUUUGUUGGAAGUGGGAUUGUCUCAAGGAAGUCCCUUUCAAUAUCUAGUAUGCCUCCUUCUGCAGCAUCUGAAGCUGUGAUGCAAAACAAAGAGGCUGGUGCAGUGGCUGCAUUUGACCAUAUUCCAUUCUCUCAUGUAUCGGCCAAUUUCACUUUCAACCUCGAUAAUUGUGUUGCUGAUCUAUAUGGUAUCAGAGCAUGCCUUUUGGAUGGUGGAGAAAUUCGAGGGGCUGGUAAUGCAUGGAUUUGCCCAGAGGGGGAAGGUGAUGAUUCUGCUAUGGAUAUUAAUUUGUCUGGGAGCAUUUUACUUGAUAGGGUUUUGCAUCGGUAUAUUCCUGGAGGAAUCCAGCUGAUUCCUCUCAAAAUUGGAGAGCUCAAUGGAGAGACUAGACUUUCUGGUUCUCUUAUUAGACCGAAAUUUGAUAUCAAGUGGGCUGCACCAAAUGCAGAAGAUUCUUUUUCAGAUGCACGUGGCAAUAUUGUUAUUGCACAUGAUUAUAUUAUGGUCAACUCAUCAUCAGUUGCCUUUGAUUUAAAUACUCGAGUUCAAACAUCAUAUAUUGAUGACUACUUGCUGAACAAGGAGACCUAUCAAAUGAAAAAAAUCAUGCCACUAAUUGUGGAAGGUGUUGAUUUGGAUUUACGUAUGCGAGGCUUUGAGUUUGCUCAUAUAGCUUCCUCAAUACCUUUUGAUUCACCACGGCCAUUUCAUCUGAAAGCAUCUGGGAGGCUCAAAUUUCAAGGAAAAGUUAUGAAAUCUAGCAAUAUAGUCGAUGACAAGAUCAAGGGUGUCCUGCAAAAUAUCAUUGACCAAAAUAAGCUUGAGACUGAUGUGUCAAGGCUUGUUGGCGACAUAUCUCUAUCUGGAAUAAAACUCAACCAACUCAUGCUAGCACCGCAGUCUACUGGUUCCCUUUCCAUAUCACGGGAUUCUAUAAUGUUAAAUGCUACUGGCAGACCUGAUGAAAUUUUUUCCAUAGAAGUGAAUGGGCCAUUGUUUUUCAGUACAAACGAGACUAUUCAAGAUGCAAGGCUUCUGUCAGUUUUCCUCCAAAAGGGGCAGCUGAGAUCUAAUAUCUGUUAUCAUCCUGAAAGUUUGACUGGUCUGGAGGUUCGGAAUUUGCCACUUGAUGAGCUGGAGUUUGCUUCAUUGCGUGGAUUUGUUCAGAAGGCAGAACUUCAGCUUAAUUUCCAAAAAAGAAGAGGUCAUGGUUUGUUGUCAGUAAUUCGUCCCAAAUUUAGUGGCAUGCUUGGCGAAGCACUUGAUAUAGCUGCUCGAUGGAGUGGCGAUGUUAUUACUAUGGAAAAAUCAAUCCUAGAGCAAGCUAAUAGCAAGUAUGAGCUUCAAGGGGAGUACGUAUUUCCCGGAACACGUGAUAGAUUUCCUGUGGAAAGUCAGGGUAAUGGGUUCAUAGAGAAAGCAAUGGGAGGGCAUCUUGGUAGCAUAAUGUCUUCGAUGGGCAGGUGGAGGAUGAGACUAGAGGUUCCCGGUGCUGAAGUAGCUGAAAUGCUUCCUUUAGCAAGGCUUCUUUCACGAAGCACAGACCCAGUUAUUCAUUCCAGAUCAAAGGAACUUUUUAUGCAAUGUCUGAAUUCUGUUGGGUUCAAUGCUGAAAGCCUUCAUGAUCAGCGAAAGGCAUUAGAAAUGUAUCAUGAUUGGUUGGAUGACGAUACAAUGGAAGAUAUAACACUUCCUGGCUUAGCUGAACUGAGAGGUUAUUGGCGUGGCUCUCUUGAUGCCAGUGGAGGUGGAAAUGGAGAUACUAUGGCGGAUUUUGAUUUCAACGGCGAAGAUUGGGAAUGGGGAACUUACAAGACCCAGCGUGUUCUGGCAUCUGGUUCAUUCAGCAAUAAUGAUGGCCUGCGGCUUGAUAAAUUGUUUAUUCAGAAAGAUAAUGCCACCCUUCAUGCUGAUGGAUCGAUUCUUGGGCCACUAACAAAUCUUCACUUUGCUGUGCUUAAUUUCCCAGUUGGUCUUAUACCGGCUUUAGUUCAGGCUAUAGAAUCAUCAACCACAGACUCAAUUCACUUUCUGAGGCAAUGGUUGACACCUAUCAAAGGUAUUUUGCACAUGGAGGGAGAUUUGAGAGGUACUCUUGCAAAACCAGAAUGUGAUGUUCAAAUAAGGCUUCUUGAUGGCACUGUUGGAGGCAUUGAUCUUGGAAAAGCGGAAGUAUUAGCUUCUGUUACCCCUACAAGCCGUUUUGUAUUUGAUGCAAAUUUUGAACCAACCAUACAAAGUGGGCAUGUGAACAUUCAAGGUAGUAUCCCAGUCACUUACGUGGACAGCAGCUCCAUAGAAGAAAGUCUGGAAGAUGAAGAUGGUAAACAAGGUAUCAUAAGAAUCCCUGUUUGGGCCAAAGACCGAGGAUUAUCGAAUGACAUCAGUGAAACAAGAAUUGCGAGAGACAAGGCAGAGGAGGGCUGGGAUUUUCAAUUAGCUGAAAGCCUAAAAGGUUUAAGUUGGAACAUGCUAGAACCAGGUGAAGUGAGGAUAAAUGCAGAUAUAAAGGAUGGGGGUAUGAUGUUGAUAACUGCAUUGAGUCCUUAUGCAAACUGGCUUCAAGGCUAUGCUGAUGUUCUCCUUCAGGUUAAAGGAACUGUUGAUCAGCCUGUCGUUGAUGGGUCCGCAUCAUUUCACCGAGCGACGGUGACUUCUCCUUUCAUUCGGACACCAUUGACUAAUUUUGCUGGUACCAUUCAUAUCAUAUCCAACAGACUAUGCAUCAGUUCCAUGGAAAGCAGGGUUGGGAGGAAAGGUAGAUUGUCAAUGAAAGGGACACUACCUCUGAAAAAUAGUGAGCCAUCUGCCAACGACAAGAUUGAGUUGAAAUGUGAAGUUCUGGAUGUACGGGCAAAAAAUAUUUUGAGUGGCCAAGUAGACAGCCAGCUGCAGUUUACAGGCUCAAUUUUGCGGCCAGAUGUCUCUGGGAUGAUCCGGUUGAGCCAUGGUGAAGCAUAUUUGCCUCAUGAUAAAGGCAAUGGUGCUGUUGCCACUAGGUUGGCUUCAAACAAGUCCAGCUAUCUUCCUACUGGUUUUGACCAAUCAACUACUUCGCAGGAUGUUUCACGUAUUCUGGGGUCAGUGUCAACAUCGCCAGACAGACAACAAUCAGAGCCACAAAGGACUCUUGAGCAUGGAAGCUUUAAGCCAAACAUUGAUGCCCGACUCAAUGACCUGAAGCUCACCUUGGGACCAGAAUUAAGGAUUGUUUAUCCUUUAAUUCUGAAUUUUGCAGUCAGUGGUGACCUAGAGCUUAAUGGCAUGGUUCAUCCAAAGUACAUAAGACCUAAGGGUAUCUUAACAUUUGAAAAUGGUGAGGUCAACUUGGUAGCCACGCAGGUUAGACUUAAAAAUGAUCAUUUAAAUGUAGCAAAAUUUGAACCUGAUCUUGGUUUGGAUCCUAUUCUCGAUCUCGUUCUUGUUGGAUCUGAAUGGCAAUUCAAAAUCCAAAGUCGAGCUAGCAUGUGGCAAGGCAAUCUGGUGGUAACCUCGACACGCUCUGUGGACCAGGAUGUUCUGUCACCUAGUGAGGCUGCAAAGGUUUUUGAGUCACAGCUUGCAGAAUCACUAUUAGAAGGUGACGGACAGCUUGCAUUCAAGAAGCUUGCAACUGCUACACUGGAAACUUUGAUGCCAAGGAUUGAAGGCAAGGGUGAGUUUGGACAGGCACGGUGGCGGCUGGUUUAUGCUCCGCAAAUCCCGAGUUUACUAUCUGUAGAUCCAACAGUUGAUCCGCUUAAAUCACUGGCAAACAAUAUCUCUUUUGCUACGGAGGUUGAAGUGCAGCUUGGAAGACGCCUUCAGGCCUCUGUUGUCAGGCAAAUGAAAGAUUCAGAAAUGGCGAUGCAGUGGACGCUGACAUAUCAGCUAACCAGUAGGCUCCGUGUCCUCUUCCAAUCUGCACCAUCCAAUAGGCUCCUCUUCGAGUACUCAGCAACGUCGCAGGAUUGAUUCAUUUUUUGCCAUUGCACACAGCAAGAACUGGGCGUAGCAGCUUCCUUGUACAAAGAUUAGGUGCCCUGAUUAAUUGUUUUUGUAGAUAACGCAAGUUUUGGCAAGCAGUUGUACGUGUACAUUUGCUCUGUUGUAGCUACAUUAAUUCUUUCUCGGAAACAAAGUUUCCGAGGCUGUAAAUACCACAUAGGUAGCAAUCUUAGCGUCAGAUGUAAAGAAACCCAUGUACAAAUAAACGUGUCCUGUCUCUGCUGCGUCGUCACCCAUAUCCACAUGUGGCGUUGGCAUUUGGUGUGGAGUUAGCUUACAAAAUGCUCUCA